UAUAGACUCUCUGCGGGUCAAAGUUUUUUUCACGUUAACAAUUAAGCAGAUAUAUUUUGGGGUUAUGUGGAUAAAAUUACUGAUUAUAUAAAUAAACAUGUGCAGUACGUUCAAUGUUUGUGUUUACUUUGAUAUGGACCAAUAACUGGUACAAUGUGAGAGGAAGACGGAGUUAAAUUUUAGGACAGUAAAAAUGAAGUUUGUGGUCAAAAUAGAGAAAUUAUAAGUUUGUCAAUCAGAUCUACUAUCAAGUGUUUACUUAUCACACAGAAUGUCAUCACAGUAUACAGACCGAGGAUUUGCUUGGGUGGUAUUAGGGGCUUCGUUCCUAAAUUUCUUUCUCAUAUCUGGAAUAAUGCGAACCUUUGGAAUUUUAUAUGCCGAACUUCUCCAAACCUAUGAUAAAAGCGCUGGAAACACCGCCUUUCUAGGAAGUCUACUGUUAUUUGUUAAUUCCAUAGCUGGUCCAAUAUCUGGACUACUUAGCAUGCAUUUUUCAUUUAAAUGGUGUACUAUUAUUGGCGGUCUGGUUUCCUGCCUUGGUAUGGUAACCAGUUCUAUGACAAACGAUAUUGACAUGCUGUAUCUCACGUAUAGCUGUUUGUUAGGUGUCGGAUUUGGACUAUCUUACCCACCGACUUUAUCUAUAAUAAACUUUUAUUUUGAUAAAAGAAGAGCAUUUGCUAACGGAAUUCUUACUGCAUCCUUUGGAUUGUCAAGUUUGAUAUAUCCUACAUUGUACCGGAAGUUGAUUGAUUAUUAUGGAAUACAUGGCGCUAUGUUAAUUCUUGGUGGUUUGUUACUCAACAUUUGUGUUGGUGGGAGUUUCUUCAGACAACCAAGGAACUUUAUGCGUCCAAGUGCUCAAAUAAAUAGUCCUGACAGUAAAAAACUUUUAUCUCACACAAAUGAAGGGAGUAAUAAUAAGAGUAAAUUGAUUUUUGCGAUAGACAAAGUUCUUGAUAUGUUUAGAAUAUAUUCUGUUGCGUUAAGAAACACAUCCUUUUUAUUGUAUUGUUUCGCCAUGUCGUUUGCACUGGUUGGAUAUUCGUCAAUCUUUAUGAUCCUUCCGCCACACAUUGAGAGUCAGCAGUUUACAAAAGAUGACGCAGUAAUUGUUUUGACGGUAAUUGGAGCUACGGAAUUUAUUAUUAGAUUUUUUUCCGGUAUCAUUAUUGAUAAGCAAUGGCUUAGUGUCCAGACGAUGUUUAUCUUAACAAUGUUUACGGGUGGGAUCUGUGCCAUUGCGUUGACUUUUUUCCGGAGUAUGCCUAUUAAUAUCAUAUAUGCAGUCACUGUAGGAAUUUUUCCUGGAAUUUUACAUUCUUUAAGACCGUUACUGGUGGUCUCCUCAUUGGGAUUGAAGAUACUACCCAUAGCUUAUCCAUUAUCUACUUUGUUUUCCAAUACAGCGUGUUUAAUUGGUCAGCCUGGUCUAGGAUGGUUAGAAGAUUAUACUGGUAACUGGAAUGUUUCAUUUUAUACAAUUGGUGGACUAUUUUUUGCAUCAUCGCUUUGUGUGUUAGUUGAACGGAUGUUAGUUAAAGAUAAAGAAACACAGAAUGAAGAAAUUGUAAUAAAUACUGAUGAUGUCGUCGUUGACGUGGCUAAAACAUACCAGAACAACAUGGAAAAUAAAGAUUGCGAUGAUGUUAAAACAAGUCUGGUGAUCAAGGUUCCAUAAUCAACUGAGCUUUGCAUGAAGUUCAAAUACUACGUUUCUUGCAUGUAGUAUGGUCGACAUGCUCUCAGCAUUGCGCAGAUGCGUUAUUUCCAAUCGCCUGCAAAUAUCAGAACAGUUCCAUCCUAUAGACGCUGCUGAUAAAAAGUACUGACAGAAAUGCAUUUUAUUUUAUCUGACCGUCAUAGAGUUGUUCUAUACUUAUAAUGUUUUAAGGAAUUUGUAAA